GGGGGAGGGGAGAGGGAGGGAGAUUGCUUCUCUCUCUGGGUGUGUGCACACACUAAACCACACAAAAGCUCUUUCCUACGUACUUAAAUCGCUGCAGUUCCACAAUUUGAGAUGUGGCUGAUAUAUAUCACUGUUUCUAUUAUCUGACCAAUACCCCACAUCUCCAAACUCAUGUUAUCAAAUAAGUCUUUGGCAUACAAAUAAAAUUUUUAGAGAUGAUUUUCAUACUGCAGGGAAAAUGCCAUUUCAUUUUCUUUUGAAGGAUACUAAUAUAUCAUCCGAAAGCAUACAGCAGGCAUAUAUAAUGAGCAUAAGGUCAAAAAACAUUAAGAGGAAAAUCCUCCCUGCCUUGGAGGCGGGGAUUUGCUCCACAAAGCCUCCUGUCACACCAGUGGCCAACUAGACAAGUUGGAGAUUCUGGGUUGUUUUUUUUUUCCUGUGACAUGUGCUUUAGUUGCAGUGAAAAGGAAAUGUGUCAUCUGUGGUUUGGUUUGAAAAGUGGAAAGCUAGCUGUACAUGUCCUUUUCUGCUCCAGAUUUACUUUAACGUUCAUAUUUCUCCAAGUCUGUUCUACUUGGAAGCUGUGCUUAAAGACAAGAAAAGAAGUGGCUUAUUAAAAUAAGGUUAUAAUCAGAUUUUGACCAACCAUUUUGUAAGAUUACCCGCAUACUCAUGGACAUGAAACACACAGGACGUUACCUGCACCUUGCCUUUCUGAUGACAACAGUUUUCCCUUUGUCUCCUGGGAAAAAAGCAAACUCUACCCAACUGUGGGCUAGCAAUACUACUGUCUGGGAUCCAGAUAUUCACAAUAAGACAGGUAGAAACCAAAAUGAAAACAGUAACACAAAUUCUGUAACUCCUAAAGUAGAUAAAAAAAGUAAUUCUACAAACAUGCCUGAAAUAGCAACAUCAUCUCAUGUGGUAUCUUUCACUCCUACAUCUGAACUGGAGCUUUAUACACCUUCUGUUGCGAGGAACAGUUCCCCAACAUCACAGAGCACCAAAAAUACAAGCAAAGGUCACAGUGAAAUUUUCAAAAAAGAUGUCUGUGAGGAAAACAACAACAAAAUGGCUAUGCUAGUUUGCUUAAUUAUAAUUGCAGUGCUUUUUCUUAUCUGUACCCUUCUACUUCUAUCAACGGUGAUUCUGGCAAACAAGGUCUCAUCUCUCAGACGAUCAAAACAAGCAGGCAAGCGUCAGCCUAGAAGCAAUGGCGAUUUUCUGGCAAGCAGUGGUCUAUGGCCUGCUGAAUCAGACACUUGGAAAAGAGCAAAACAGCUCACAGGGCCCAACCUAAUGAUGCAAUCUGCUGGAGUGCUCACAGCUACAAGGGAAAAAAAAGAUGAAGAAGGAACUGAAAAACUCACUAACAGAUGCUUUAGUGAAGAUAAAUGCAAAGCAGCAAUGGGAAACUUUAAGAAGUAAAAACGAAGUCAGUUUGAUAUUUAAUGCCAAUAUGUUGUUCUGAUGGUCUAAAAUUUGACAUUGCAGGCCUUGCAAUUUAGAAUAAAGCAGGGGAGAAGGGGAGAAGUAUGCCUGCUUACUUAUUGUGCACUUCUGUUUUGACACUGAAUUUUUAAAAAGCAAAUAAUAAAACCACCAAACACUUAGGGAAGUUUUUAAAGACAAGUUGAAAGAACUAACAGAGGUAUAAAUGGACAAUUAAAUAUUUCUUGUUCAGCAACAGCAGCUAGAUGAUCUUUGUCUGAAUAUAAGUAAACUUUGAAGAGUUUUAGUGUGUCCUUAGAGGCAAGUAUAUGCUUCAACAUCUAACAGAAGUCAAAUCCCUAACGCAUCAAGUUGAAAUGGUGCCUUGUUUGCGGAAUGUGACAAAAUCCACACCAGCUCUUAAUCAACACAGCUAAUUUUAUGCUAGAUGUUUUCAACUUUACACAUGACACACAUGAGAAAGUUUUUCUACUAUAAAUAUUUAAUUAAAACUUUUAAUUUUGUAUAAUAAAUUAAGACUUGUUAGAAUAAAACUAUGUAUAUUUGCA